AUGGCCGUUGCUUUGGACGCAGUGUGGUUGAGGGUGAAGAAUGUCUGCAAACAAAAUGGGCUCCUCAUCAUGUCGGUGCUGGCUGUGGUCAUUGGGUGUCUUUUGGGAUUCUUCCUGAGGACACGGCGCCUCACAGAGCAGGAGGUGAAAUACUUCCAGUUUCCUGGAGAGCUGCUAAUGAGGAUGUUGAAGAUGCUGAUCCUCCCACUUGUCGUUUCCAGUUUGAUGUCAGGACUGGCAGCCCUCGACGCCAAGUGUUCCAGUCGGCUUGGCCUGAUCACAGUGUCUUACUACCUGUGGACUACCUUUGUGGCUGUGAUUGUGGGGAUCAUCAUGGUCUCCAUCAUCCACCCAGGUGGUGCAGCCCAGAAAGAGGACUCGGAGGACAGCGGCAAACCUAUCAUGAGUUCUGCUGAUGCCCUGCUGGACCUCAUCCGCAACAUGUUCCCAUCUAAUCUGGUCCAGGCCACAUUUCAGCAGUAUCGAACAAGUAGCGAGUACAUUGUGAAGCCCAAACCAACAGUGAGCCAGGCCCAAUCAGAGUCGACCACGCGGCGAGCACUCAUCUAUGGUAUUCAGGAUGACAAUGGAACUGACAUCCAGAACUUCGCCCUUGAUCUGACUCCACCUCCUGACGUGCUCAUACGCACUCGGGAAGGAACAAGCGAUGGAAUGAAUGUCCUUGGGAUUGUAAUUUUUUCUGCCACAAUGGGUAUUAUGCUGGGAAGAAUGGGGCCAAAUGGCAGCGCCUUGGUGAACUUCUGUCAGAGCCUGAAUGAGGCCGUCCUCCGAAUUGUUGCCAUUGUAAUAUGGUACUUCCCAUUCGGCAUUGUGUUCCUGGUGGCUGGUAAGAUCCUGGAGAUGAGUGAUCCAUCAGCGAUGGGUAAAAAGCUGGGUUUCUAUGCCGUCACUGUGGUGUUUGGUUUAAUUUUGCAUGGCUUGUUCAUCCUACCUGCCAUGUACUUCAUCAUCACCAAAAAGAGCCCUAUCGUAUAUAUACGGGGAAUCCUCCAAGCACUGCUAAUCGCUCUGGCAACAUCCUCCAGCUCUGCCACAUUGCCUAUAACAUUCAAGUGCCUCUUGGAGAACAACCACAUUGACCGCCGCAUCAUCCGCUUUGUGCUCCCUGUGGGUGCCACCAUCAAUAUGGAUGGCACUGCUCUCUACGAGGCUGUGGCAGCAAUAUUCAUCGCACAAGUUAACAAUUACGAGCUGGACUUUGGCCAGAUCAUCACCAUCAGUAUCACAGCCACUGCAGCCAGUAUCGGAGCAGCAGGGAUACCACAAGCUGGGCUGGUCACCAUGGUUAUAGUGCUCACAUCCGUUGGGUUGCCAACUGAUGACAUCACUCUUAUCAUCGCAGUAGAUUGGGCAUUAGACAGAUUUCGCACUAUGGUGAAUGUGAUGGGGGAUGCUUUGGCCACAGGCAUCAUGGCACACAUAUGCAGAAAGGACUUUAUGAAAGAGGGAGAUGGGGUGCCUUUGAUCUGUGAGACCAAACCUGCAAUGAGCACCCCUCCUCUCAUGAACUGUCACAACAACAAUGGCAAUUUCAGGCUACCUUCUUCAGGGGUCAAACACGAGCUGAUCCCGUCUGACGUGGCUCGGCUGAUGCGGCUGGAAGAGGGCAUCAGGCCGCCGUCAGAGAGAAAGAAGCCUCCAAUUCCACCAAGGCACCUGAAGAAGAGCAAAGAACACUGCACCAUUGACAUGAAUGGCCUUGAGACCAACGUAUAGCCUCCCUCAAGAGUAUGAUGGGUUGUCUGUGUGGACGUGCUGAUCUGGAUCUGGACAGUUGGACAGGUGGGAGGACAGCACGGCUCAUCUUCAUCUUAUUAUGGAGAAAAAAAUUCACUGGUGACAAGAUGUGCUGAAAAUUGAGAGUAAAGUGAAACUGUUGGUUUAUUGUCAUUAUAACAGCGAAAUGCUUUCUGUCAGACUGGAUGCGUAUCACAUUGACAGUUUAUGACAACAGUAUGAGUUUUAUUCAGUUCCGUGUGGACCUGCUGCAUGAGCUCACACCUAAACUUCCAGACUCUGAAUACAGGUGUGACUACCUGUACUGAUAAACAGAUUUUUAUUUGAUAGCUAGAUUUUAUAUGAUUUAUUAAUCUGUGUGACAUGAGAUUUUAUACUACUGCAAGCAACCAGUUGUUUGUGUCACAUAAGAGAUAAUACAGGAUCCCAAGUGUGUAGUUUGAGGUCAGUGAUGAGGAGGCAAAGUGAAAUGCCCUAAAUGUUUAAUUUUGCCUUAACAAAGCUGGUGGUGCUAGGCUGACGGAGAUAAUCAGAAACUUUACCUUUCCUUGAGGUCAGGUUACAAUGUUCAUGCACGGGCAGAAUAGAGAUUUGUCUGCUUCCAAGUAUUUCAGCAGCCUCAGCAGCGCUUGAUCUUAUUAAACUUUCCUGGUUCUUAAACAGCCGAAAAACAACCACUGUUUAUUCAACAUGACAAUGUGGACCUCGUUUGUUGGUUAAGAGGAUUUUUUGCUAUUUGCAAAUAUCAAACAAGAUCUUAACAUUGUAUAUCUACAACCUAUGAAGUUACAUUGGAGCUUUUGUACUGUAUUACACUUUUCAUCAUUAUGCACUGCAGUCGUUCAGUUAAAGGGUUAGGCUUGGAUCUUUUCAGGUCUAUUUUAUUGUUUUAUCCAUGCUGGCCAUGAACAAAAGAAUACGGGACAAAACUCCCUUACUUCUGCCUUCACUGCUCAUUGACAAUAAAAUAGAACAGAUGAAGUUUGUGCGUCAUCUGUGACACUGGGAGUGUAGCUGACAUGGAUGUAUUAUAAAAACUACUGGGCUAAAAAAUUUUAACAGAGUGCGUGAGCCGAAAAAGGGUCUGUAACUUCCAGCUUUGCUUCCAUGAUGUGUGCUUAAUUGUACAUGUGCAUUAGUGUUGGGACUUGGUAUGACGUCCUGCAAAUAAUAACUCUCUAGGUCUUGGGAAAGUUUUACAAAUAUAAAACAGCUAGGGAUCCAUGAAUCAUAAUACAAAGACCAAAGAGUGGCCUGCAGCUGACUGCAGUUCUUGGUGACCUGUCAAAUGUUUUACAUCUUUUUUUAUAAUGGAGCCUUCUUUGUGAUUCUUUUGACUAGUGGCUACUAGGCAGCAAGGCUGAGUGGCAGUGUCAUGUGUCAGUGUCCAGCUCUAUUGCUAAAUCCAUUGCAGUGCAAUCAUUUUUUCUAUAUUAAUUCCAAACCUUCAUAAAAAGAAAUGUCAGUACUUUUUGCAAAACUUGUUCACAUGAAUUUGACCACAGUUUGUGCUCUACAGCAGCACACUGGCACACACAUUAGCUGUAGCUAGCUAAACAACAUGCUCUAACCCUUUAAGUGAAGUGUGUUUGUGUGUGUGCGAGUCUGUGAGGAGUUUGAGUUCAGAACUUCCCAGAGACUCUGGUUGUUUGUCUUUUCCUCUAGAUGCUCUUAAAUUUCCCACACAGGAGGAUGGAGUUUUAGACUUUAAAGACCGUAAAUUUGGAAAACAUCCACUUGAUUUGGCUAAACCAGACAGUAAAGCCUCAAAUUAGUUCUGGCUUAACUUUAGAAAGUAGCUCUGCAUGGAAUGAGCUACCAUUACCACUGUGUCAAAUGUAUCUGUUCAUGACAACUGUACUGAGGGUGAAUUUUCAUAGAACUCAUCUAUUCAAAUUAUUUUAAGGUUGAAAGUUCUGCAAAAUGAACAGUAUGGCUGCUAUAGUCCACAGAUUGUAGUUUGUUUGAGCAACUAGGCUUGAUAAAGCCUGCCUCAGCUCCACUCACACUCCACAACUUUUACUUUUUUUUUCUUUCUUUUUUUUUACAUAUGGGUGACGUCACAGAUACUAUCCAUCUAUGUUUUCUACAAUAUAUGCUCCAAACACACCAUUUCAGUUUUGUCACACUAGAAUGGGACUUCUUAGUGGCCAGUAUGAUCAGGAGGAAUUAUUAUAGCAAAUAGGGUAUUAUAUUAAGAAAGACAUCCUUUAAACCUGAAUGCUCACGUGUAUAUUUCAUUCUUGUCACACAGAUGCUACAAUUUAUGUUGGUCAAAUAUUAGCUUUCAUGUAUUUUGUCAUUUCAGUGCUUCUCAAUGGAAGAAUUGUUUGCUUUCUGAUGUGCAACAGCCUGCCAACAACAAUUUUUCUUAUGGGAAGAUAACAGAUGAGAUGUGUUUUCUCUCUACACUCUGCAAUACCUGCAUAUUGGAGAGAUCUGAGACAUGAGCAAUGAUUGCUGUGUGUGGGAGAACCAGCUGAAAUAUUCAUCAGACGCUCCGGUGAAUGUUAGGAAACGCACAGUCUUCUUCAGCCUUUUCAAAUAAUUUAUUGCUGUGUUCAAUGACUGUUUAUGUGACAAUGCUAUACUGCUGUAUGUAAAGGUGACACUAUUCAUAGCAAUAUAGUAAGUGUAAUAGGAUGAGUAUUUUUAAUGUCAUAUAAAAAUAUUUGCUAUCUUUAAAAAAAGAAAACACAGGACUGGACUAAAGCAGCAACUGCAGCAGCAUGGAUUGAAGCUUCAGUUAUGUUGAAACUGCUUUUUAUGUUUGAAAUAUUUCACUCACAAGCACACAGCAAAGAAUAACAACAACAAAAAAACUAUGAUGGCAAUCACUGAUGGCAUUCUGCUUUCCAGAAUUAUUGCUGUCCUUCCAACAUCUGUAUCUGUCACUUCAACACCUUCUGGAUGAUCUAAGAUCUGAAACAAUGCCUCUCAAAUGUGAGUUUUUGUUAUUUUUUCUUUUCUAUAUCAUAAAUUGAAUGCUUGACAGAGUUAAGUGGAUCACUUGAAAAAAAAAAACGUGAUAGGUCAAUCGAUUUUGGCACUGAAUUGCAGCCCUGAUUGAGAUCAC